UUGCUUGAUAUAGCUUCAACAUUGGGCAGGCUCAACCAAUACAACUUCAAUGAAACAGACACAUCACUUCCUGAACUGGAGAGGCUGAUAUUGGAAUUUUUCUCGUUGAAGGGUAACCUGACAAUUCCUCUCUCUAACAUCAUGAGGUACAGUCUGCUAAACUAUACUGGCUACUUCAACCCCAACUAUGUGGCCAAUCUCACAGAAGCCAUCCAACCUUUCACCAACCAGACCACAGCUAGUAUUAUAGAAGCCAUCCUCAGAGCCACUGAACUUCUAAAGACACUGACAGAUUCUCCAAAUGGUGACCCAACUAACAUCAUUCUUGGGUACUUGCACCAGAUUCAACAGUUCAUGAUUUCUGCUUUCAGACUACAGUCAGUUGAAUAUCUCCUGAUGCCAAAAGAACAGCUGAAUACAACCCAAGUCACUGAUCUCCACAUGGUUUUGAUGAACGUUCUCAGCCUAUUGACUCCUGAGAGCCUUCAGGUGCUAACUCAGUCUGGACCAGAUGCUGCCCAAAACAUUGUCAUUCAGAAGUUUGUAGCACUACUACCAUCUGGUGUGCAAGGAGAUGCUGCUAGCUUUGUUCAAGAUUUUAAAGCUCUGCAGAACCAGGUGGCUAAUUGCACAGAAGAAACAGGACAGAACUGUCUGCAGGGAAUUUUACAAAUCCCCACAAUUCUUUCUCAAAUUGUAGAAAUGAUGCUUGCAACCAAUGGCGGGGUCACUAUUCAAAUAUCUCCAAAUAAUUCAGCUGCCUGGAGUCAGGAAUAUGAAGUCCUUACAGCUACCUUCUUCUCACUCCUCUUGCCAACAAAUGAUACUGCCUAUGUAGAAACAAUCAAACAGGCUCUUCAUUUCCUCCGGUUAGUGACAAAUAUGACAGAUGUUACGGGGUCCAGUGUUGAGAAUGCUUUGCUGGAAUCAAAUCUAACCAUUCACCAGCUGGAUGAAAUUGUUGCUGUAGUUGGAGCUGCCAACAUGAAUGAUCUGAUGACAAAAGUGAUGAGGAUUGUUGAUGCAAAUGAGUGUUUUAAACCUCAAAACACCAUGGUGGAAACAA